CAAAUCUACUAUAUCCUUGGGCGCAUAUUUUUCACCGCCUACGGCAUAGGUUCCGAGGGGUCAAUACAAACAGCUAAACUAAUAUAUGUAACGGAACUAUCCUAUUCAGCAUGCCAGCUCGAGCAUCUGCUAGGUCCACGCGGACCGCUGGCGCCGUAUCCAGCAAGGCGUCCCGACGAGUAUCGUCGUCAAGUAUCGAUCUUCCCGAAGAAACGCCCGACAGCCAGUUGCGAACCCAAAUAUGUGCAAUAUUCCGCGACGCGCAGAAGACAACCGCCACUCAUAGAAAAUUAGUUGUCAAUCUCCGUAAGAUCCACGAGGCUUGCUGUUACGAGCCCACGCGCCCCAACAAGACUUCUACAACCGAAUUCAACGAGGCCGACUUCAAUACCGAGUUUACACGAUGCGUCCUCAGAGUUAUGCCCGUAAAAAAGAGCGAAGGGGUUGGCGAGAAAAUCAUCCGCUUUAUUGGCCUAUUCCUACGUCACGCUAAUGACAAGGACAACGAACUACUAGGGGAGGAAGAUGUCGAUGCUAGCACCAUGCCCGAAACCCCGAGUACUCGGCUCACUACUCAAGUUAUGGAGAUCAUCUUGCCCUUACUUACCUCCAAGGACAAGUUCGUCAGAUAUAGAUCAACCCAGCUGAUCUCUCACGUUAUCAACUCCUUAGAUGCUAUCGAUGACGACUUGUUCCAGAAGUUACGUCACGGCCUCCUUAAGAGGAUUCGCGAUAAGGAGGCUAUGGUCCGCUCGCAAGCCGUACUUGGCCUCGGUAGGUUGGCUGGAAAUCAGGUUGAGGGUAUGGUCAACUCGGAUGACAGUGAUGAUGACGCCGAAACUGGUCUGCUGGAGAAGCUCCUCGAAGUUCUGCAGAAUGAUCCUAGCGCUGAGGUGAGGCGCUCGCUUCUCGUCAACCUACCUAUUCUACCAAACACUCUCCCAUACCUCUUAGAAAGGGCAAGGGACCAGGAUCCUGCUACUCGUCGCGCGGUCUACUCUAGAUUGUUGCCCGCACUCGGUGACUUUCGGCAUCUCUCCCUCUCGAUGCGAGAGAAGCUGCUUCGCUGGGGGUUACGGGAUAGAGAUGAGAAUGUUCGAAAGGCUGCCGGAAGAUUAUUCCGCGAACGCUGGAUUGAGGAUUGCGCAGGUAUCAAUCAACCUGAAGAUGGCGAACAGCCAGCUACGACAGCUCCUCCAACCAUAGAUGGACUUCUUGAGUUACUUGAGCGCAUAGAUGUCGUCAAUUCUGGCGUCGAAAAUGGUGUCGCACUCGAGGCCAUGAAAGGCUUCUGGGAAGGAAGACCAGAUUAUCGAGAGGCUAUGGAAUUCGACGACAGUUUCUGGGAAACGCUCAGCGCCGAGUCCAUCUUUAUAGUACGAAGUUUUAACGACUUUUGCCGAACAGAAGGAAAUGGAAAAUAUGAAUUCCUAGUUGAGGAGAAACUACCUGAGGUUACCAAGUUAGCCUUCUUCCUUGAACGCUAUUUAAACGUUCUCAUUGAAGCUAUAAAGAGAGUCAACAAUCAGGAUAACGUAGAGGAGGACGAGGAGGAAGAUACAGUCGAGCAGGAGUUCAUUGUGGAGCAAUUGCUACAUAUCAUCCUCACCCUCGACUACUCGGAUGAAGUUGGCCGACGCAAGAUGUUCGCCUUACUACGGCAAACCCUAUCCAUACCGGAACUGCCCGAUGAGAUUACCAAGCUGACCAUCGAGGUGCUCCGAGACAUAUGUGCACCUGAUACAGCUGGUGAGAAGGAGUUCUGUAGUGUCGUACUGGAAGCUGUUGCGGAUGUUCACGAUACCAUUGUUGACGAAUCUGUCGUUGGGGAUGGCGAGGAGAGUUUCCACUCGGCCAGGUCCGAAGUUAGUGGCGACAGUACUCCUACCAAGAAGAAGCAUGGCGCAGACGCCAGUCUAAACGAAGAGGAAGCACGAGAGAAGGCAAUCAAGGAGAUCAUGAUCAACAUGAAAUGCUUGCACAUCGUUCAAUGCAUGCUCUCAAACGUCGAAGGAACCUUGCAGCAGAACGACCACCUUGUGUCGAUGCUUAACAAUCUAGUUGUCCCUGCCGUUCGUAGUCACGAAGCGCCCGUUCGAGAACGUGGAUUAGUCUGCUUGGGGCUCUGCUCACUCCUCGAUCGACCACUUGCCGAAGAGAAUCUAACUCUUUUCAUGCAUUUCUUCAGCAAAGGCCACUCAGCACUUCAAAUUACCGCGCUACAGAUCUUAACAGAUAUUCUGAAUGUCCAUGGAGCACAGCUUCUGACGGCAAACCCAACUUUAUUGAAAGUGUACAUUCGGGCUCUCCGAUCUGGCUCUAAAAAUCCAGAGGUCCAAGGCGCAGCCACCCUCGCAGUCUCGAAGCUAUUACUUGGCCGUGUAGUCACAGACCAUGAUACUUCGGCAGAGCUUCUCAAGACACUAAUAGUAGCUUAUUUUGAUCCUUCAACCGCAGGGAAUCAGAGCGUCAGGCAAGCCCUCAAUUAUUUCCUACCUGUAUUUUGUUAUUCGAGAGCCGAGAACCAGGAGCUUAUGGGAGCUGUGGCUCUCGAUGCGCUGCAUGCCCUAUACAACGUCAGGGAGGGCCUCGAUGACGAUGACAUUGAUGUCGAUGACGAAAUGGCCAGCCUAAAUACUAUCGGCGCCUGCUUGGUUGACUGGACAGACCCUCGAAAGUGCUACACACCUGGUAUUCCUAUGGAUGCUGACAAGAAGAAUGUGAACGGAGACGUCCAUCUAGACUUAGCAAGGGACAUUCUUGAUAAGUUAGAUAGUAAUCUGAGCAAGGAAGAGAAGAAGGUCAUCGCAUCUCUGCUAGGAAAGCUAUAUAUCUCUCCAGCCUCCUCGGAGGAUAAGAUUCGUGCCUUGUACGAAGACAUUUCGACAGCAGUCGAAGAGAACCUCGUAUCGGAUGCCACGAGUAAGAAUGCUCUCUACAAAAUCCACGUGAGCUUAGGCAAGAUCGUGAACCAACUUAACGAGCAAGACAAGAUGUCGAGGCGAAGCGCUAGUAGGAGCGUGUCUCUUGCUCCCGAUGAGAAGACCACCAUGGAAGAUGCUACUGUCAUCCGGGUGUCGAGAAUCAAGGAGGAGGAUGAAGAAGAAGAAGAAAAGGGUGAUAUAGAAGAGGAGGAGGCUGAUGUCUCUGGCCCAGCUGGUCGGAGUGAAGCUGAUUCUCUCGUAGAAGACCUUUUGACGGACGGAGAGACAUGAUAGUUAUGACUUGGAUACCUAGGUGUUAUGUCUCAUAUUAAUGUGUGAACGAAUAAAUACCCCGUUUUAAUCGAAAAACUCGCCCGAUCUAUCGUAUUACACGUUGUCUCAACCCUAGCAUUGCCGAUUGAACUCGUGGAUGGCCCAUAGACCGAGUUGCUAGAUGGACCUAGGCACCAUAUUAAACUUUGUAAUGUUCUCUCGAUCAAAGCAGAGAAGGCCACUUGCCGGUUGACUAAUUAGGGAUGAAUACGCAUAGGAGGAUAUAUUUCUGCCUCGGGAUUGAGUUCACAGCAACGAGUUUAAAAACUUGUUUAAGAGAUUAGCAAGGCGUUGGGGUUGCAUGAGAGAUCUAAGAAUCAUAACUCACCUUAACUAUUGGUGUAUGUCAUUAGAUCAUUAGAAGCUGCAAGAUAUCGAUUAUCCCAA